CUGUGCAAUAGGGUGGACAAGACAUGGCUGCAGUCAGCACCCAGCAGUCAUAUCCAUCUCUUCAACGACUCUCAGUCAGAAAUAAUGAUGAAGAACUGGAAAGGAUAGAAAAUGGCAGCAGCAGGACUCACUCAUUGUGCGAGGACACGUCUUCUGAGCUUCAAAGAGUGAUCUCUGUGGAACCUAAAGGCCCGCAAGAAUCCCGCCGGAAUUCCUUCACUGGCAGAGGAGCCUUAGCCAGGUUAACUAAUUUCAUCGUCGUAUUGAGGAACUGGGCGACUCAACAAAUCCACACCGAAGAUGAGAGGCCAGAUUCUUUCUUGGAGCGCUUUCGGGGACCAGAUAUAAAGGACGUAUCAAGCCGGGAGAGUAACACGCAGUCAGUCGCGGGCAACCCAGAGCAGCAAGGCAAGAGGAGCAAGAAGAAGAAAGAUUUGCUCAUUAUUGAUCCUGCAGAACAUCUUUACUACCGCUGGCUAUCCAUUAUCACAAUGCCUGUAUUGUACAACUGGUGUAUGCUCGUGUGUAGAUCAUGUUUUGAAGAACUUCAGAUUAAACAUCUUACGCUUUGGUUGACACUGGAUUAUGUAUCAGAUACAAUCUACAUUAUGGAUUCAUUGGUGAGGUUUCGAACAGGUUUUCUUGAACAAGGAUUGCUGGUCAAAGAUGGGAAGAAAUUACGGGAUAAUUACACAAGGAUGCCUCAGUUUAAAUUGGAUGUACUGUCCAUUCUACCGACAGACUUGGCAUACCUUAGCUUUGGAUUUAAAUACCCGGAGGUGCGAUUUAAUCGUCUCCUCCGCUUUAGUCGGAUGUUUGAGUUCUUUGAUCGUACGGAAACCAGAACAAACUACCCCAACAUAUUUCGAAUUGGGAAUCUCGUCCUGUACAUCCUCAUCAUUAUCCACUGGAAUGGCUGCAUUUAUUACGCAAUCUCGAAAUCAAUUGGUUUUGGCACUGACACUUGGGUCUAUCCAAACAUAUCCCACCCUGAAUACGGACGGCUCAGCAGAAAAUAUAUCUAUUGCCUUUACUGGUCCACCUUGACUUUGACCACCAUUGGAGAAACCCCUCCUCCGGUAAGGGACGAGGAAUUUCUGUUUGUGGUCAUUGACUUCCUGGUGGGAGUCCUUAUCUUCGCGACCAUUGUUGGUAACGUGGGCUCCAUGAUCUCAAACAUGAAUGCCUCCAGGGCUGAGUUCCAGUCCAAAAUUGACGCCAUCAAACAGUACAUGCAGUUCCGCAAAGUGAGCAAAGACCUGGAGGCCAGAAUCAUCAAAUGGUUUGACUACCUGUGGAUCAACAAGAAGAGCAUAAACGAGAAGGAAGUCCUCAAGAACCUACCCGACAAACUCAAGGCCGAGAUCGCUAUCAACGUCCACCUGGACACACUAAAGAAAGUCCGGAUCUUCUCCGACUGCGAGGCCGGCCUCUUAAUUGAGUUGGUGCUAAAGCUGCAGCCUCAGGUCUACAGCCCUGGGGACUACAUCUGCCGCAAGGGAGACAUCGGCAGGGAAAUGUACAUCAUCAAAGAGGGCAAGCUGGCAGUCGUGGCCAAUGACGGAGUGACACAGUUUGUGGUCCUGAGCGAUGGCAGCUACUUUGGGGAGAUCAGCAUCCUGAACAUCAAGGGCAGCAAAGCCGGAAACAGGAGGACGGCCAACAUUCGGAGCAUCGGCUACUCCGAUCUCUUCUGCCUCUCCAAAGUCGACCUGAUGGAAGCCCUGACUGAAUACCCAGACGCCAAAAAGAUUCUGGAGGAGAAGGGGCGUCAGAUUCUGAUGAAGGACAACCUGAUCGAUGUGGAGGCAGCAAAUGAUGGAGCGGACCCAAAGGACCUGGAAGAGAAAGUGGAGAGGAUGGAGUCCUCGCUGGACAGCAUGCAGACCAAGUUCGCCAGGCUGAUGGCCGAGUACAAAGCCACGCAACUCAAGCUGAAGCAAAGGCUCACAAAGGUGGAAAACAGAGUGAAGAACUAUGGCAGCGGAUAUCUAUCCGAUAGCUUUGACAGUACCACUGACACGGAAAUGGGGAAACCAUGAUGGUGACGGUCAGGUCACGACGGCAAAUUUUGCUUCUUUUCUUACCAUUUUGAUACCAGGGUUCAUUGUUGAGAAAAUAAAUUAUUUUUGUAUGGGACUGCUUAGAGAUAGUGUGUACUACAAAUCUCAGUUAGGAUUUAAUACCGAUCCAUAAUUAAACUAUUACGGAUCAAAAUAUGGCACGAUUUUCAUGUUAGCACCAAUCUGAAUUAGGUUUAACUGUUUGUUAGGUGGUUAUAUCAGAAAGAUUGAGAGGGUGAGUGGGGAGAGUAGGAAUGGAGUUAUGAUAUUGUCACAUUACAAACUAUCAAUAGUCUCAGACAGAAACAGAACCAAGGUAUACACAAUUUUUUACAUCUGUGCUGUUGGGUUUUGUGUGUUGGAGUUGCCUAAUUAUUAUGUAUUAAUUUAAUAUUGCGUCACUCAAUCUCAGCACAAAAUAGGCCUGUCCAAACAAAUUACAAAUUUCUCUACCUUUGAGAGUAUGAGAAUGCCUCCCUUUCAAUUUUAAAUUGGUGAGACUAAACGACCAUAUGGGUAGCUUCAGUACUUGAGUGUUAAGCACUGCAAGCCAGCAUUUAACAAACACAAUUGUUUAUUCAUUGUUAUGAUAUAAUUUCUCUGAAUACAGUCACCACCACUCGUGGCUAUCGUUCACGGUGGUGCAGUGGUAGAGUUGUUGCCUUACAGUGCUCGCAGCGGCAGAGACCCAGGUUCAAUCCUGACUACGGGUGCUUGUCCGUACGGCGUUUGUACGUUCUCCCCGUGACCGCGAGGGAUUUCUCUGAGAUCUUCAGUUUCCUCCCACACUCCAAACGUUGGAGUCCAAAGACGUACAGGUAUGUAGGUAAAUUGGCUUGGUAUACGUGUAAAUUGUCCCUACUGUGUGUAGGAUAGUGUUAAUGUGCGGGGAUCGCUGGUCUAUGUGGAUUCGAUGGGCCGAAGGGCCUGUUUCUGCGCUGUAUCUCUAAAACUAAAAUACUAAAAAUGAUACAACAACGUCACGGCGAUGUGGACUUGUUGGUCAUAAAGUUGUAAAGUCGUACAGCAAGGAAACAUGCCCUUUGGUCCAUAUUGUCCAUGGCGACCAACAUGCCCCAUCUUAGCUUGUCCAUUUGCCUGAGUUUGGCCCAUAUGCCUCUAUAUUUUUCAUGUCCAUGUAUCUGUCCAACAGUGUUUUAAAUGCUAUUAUAAUAU